CACCCCCCACCAGAACUAUCAAUGGUCAGCAAGCCUACCCCUCCAUUUUUCUAAGAAGCCUCCUACCCACGACCUCGCAAGGGUUGAACGUAUAUAAGCCAAAGGACACCCCUUCCCUCGGUAAACGAUUUUGGAAAAUCGGUUCGAGAGGUUCGACGAGCGAAAGCCGAGUACUCGUCGAAGGAAGCUCGCGCGGUCGUGACGAGGGAAAACUUCCAAAAGUACGGAAGAAAGGACAAAUUUCGAUCAGUGCUGUGGUUCAAGUGCUAGCGGUGUGACCUCGGAUUUUCCGGACUCCUCGCAAAGAUCUCGCUCCAAGGGCAAGUAAACAUGGACCCCUCGUACCUGCAAUCACAAGCCGAGGUGCAGGCCUUGGACUUCACGUCGAGCAUAAAGCCAGAAAUCUCCGAGUUGCCGAUCGAGCCGCCAAUCCUGGAUCUGUCCUGCAAAAAGCCGAACUCAUCAGUCGAGAGGGUGACGACCCCCCUGGAAGAGCUUUCAAGCUCCUCGAUGAGCGAGAAGCCGCAAUCGAGUCAUUUGUCCGACCAGGAAAGGAAAAGUCCCUUCGAGGGUCGCACGUUCAUGGUGACCCCGCCCUCGGAGACGGACUCGCCGAAGAAGGUGAGGUACGAGCCGAUCUACAAGCAGGUGAUCGCGGCAAGCCCAGAAAUCAUGAACCGACAUCCAUACCCUGCGAUGAUGCCGGUGGGAAUCCCGAUUCCUGUGCCUCCGGAAGUCCUGCCAGCCUUCCUGACGCAGAGCAACGUGUCCAGUUUGCCGACGAAGCCGAUCCAGAUGCCUGCAACCAGCAACGCAGGCUCCCAGGAAGUGUCGCAGUCUUCGGCAUCCUCCGAUGUCGGUAAAAAAGCGCCCAGGCCCUUCAAGGCCUACCCCAAGGAUCCUCUUGCGUUGACCAUGGGCACCGCCGAGCUCAUGUACGACCAAAACUCCAACGAGGCGUACUCGGAGUUCCGGAAGAGGAUGCUGGAAAGCGUGAGGAGGACCAAUGACGGUACCAAUAUCAAAAUGCGAAGGGCCUCCAAGAGUCCGGGCUUACCCACCAGCACCGUCGACGAGAAAGACGCCGCUUACUGGGAGAGAAGGAGGAAGAACAACGAAGCUGCGAAGAGGUCCAGGGACGCCAGGAGAGCCAAGGAGGACGAGAUCGCCAUCAGGGCUGCCUUCCUGGAACAGGAAAACAUGAAGCUUAAGUAUGAACUGGUUGCGCUUAGGAACGAGACUGCCAAGCUUAGAUGUAUGGUCUACUCGACUUAGACGCUCUUUCUCUGGAGAAAAUCCAAG